AUGAUGGGCGAUGAGGAGACGUUUUCGCCUGCAUCGGUGGCACCACUUUCGAGGCAUUUGAUCCUACUUGCGCAGGAAUGGGGCACACCAAUCUGGGUGUGCGACAUCAAGGACGCCUACCUGAACGUCGAGCAGCCUGAGGAUGAGCCCGUGGUGGUUUUGAUUGGAAGCGAGUGGUGGCAGCUUGGCCGUGUUUUGCCUGGGCAACGUCGAGGUGCACAAGUGUGGUGGAACCAGCUUCGUGGAGACUUGAGCGACACCCACAUGGAGGGGCUUCCAGAAGUCCCAACUUUGAUGAGAAAUCUAAAGGCCCGACAGGCAACCCAAGUGCAUGUGGAUGACAUGCAGCUCACCGGAGAUGAUGCCCCCACUCAGGAGGUCAUCAGCGCCCUGAAGAAAAAGUAUGUCAUCAAAGUCGAGGGCCCGUUCUCUAUGGUUGGAGAUGAAUGGGAGUUCCUGAAGCGCCGCUAUACCAUCGAGGGUGACUACUCUAUCACCGUGAGACCGGCAGCGCACUUCUACCAGGACAUCUACGACCUUUUGGAAUGCCCUCGUCAUCGGACUACUGCUGGACCUGGAGGUGGCGACAGUCUCUUUCAGGUUGACGACAGCAAAGCUUUGUCAUCGGCACAGGCGAAGCUUUUCAGGACGAUUGUGGGGAAACUCCUUUACAUUAGUGGGGAGCGUCCGGAUGCUCAAGUGGUCUCCGAGGCGAUCCUCAUCAAGAAGGCUUGGAAUUUCCUGACGGAGCUUGAGGUUGAUAUGAUCGCCCGUACCGAUUCGUCUGUGGCGAGAGCUAUUGCUCAGAGAGCAGGUGUCGGGAGAGUUCGGCAUUUGCAGACUUCGUGCUUGUGGAUUCAACAAUGGUGCGCAAGGCGUGAGCUGAAGGUCUUGGCCAUCCCCACUGAGAAGAACCCUGCUGAUGUUGGCACAAAGGUUCUUACGGCCAGUCGGCUUCGGAUGCUGUGUGGCACCAUGGGCAUGGUCAAUGGAGGCGGAAGCCUCAUUGGGGCCGAAGUUCAAGGUGAUGGGCAACUCACGAGAGACCAAGCCAAGCUGGCGCUGCGGCUCGUUCAAGCAGUGUUGGCUACGCAACUUCAAGGAUGUGCUCCUGGAGGUGAUGAUCGUGGUGGCCUGAACUACGACAUGCUUGUCAACUUCAUGGCGGUUGUCGGUGCUUUGUUGGACUACUUCAUCGACAGCUUCAUCCACUAUGUGAGCGUCUUUGGCUAUGUGCUGGACAAUGUUGGCGGCGGCUACCUCGUCAUCUUCGGUGGACUUUGGAUCCUUGUGCUCAUCGGCUACUUGGUCCUUGGUACUUCGUGGCGAAUCACAUUCACCUGGCAAAGUGGCCGUUCAGGGCUUGAGCCUGGCUGCGGUGAUGGUGAGCCCUCAUCUGAGGGGGCGACCUUGGAUGAGGAUGCGGCUACUUUGACUCCGACAGGUAACAUCGACUUGGUCAACGACGCCAUGGACGACGAGGCCUUCGAUGAGUUCCUGCGCAAUGCGAGCCCAGGUGAUGUGGCGGAGGAGGCAGCGCAUGGUCGCAAUUUGGCAUCUACAUCCUCGGCAUCUUCUACAUCACCGACUUUGGCAACUUCGGCAGCUACGGCGUCUUCAUCGACAGCACCAUUUGCAGCGGCGACGACGACAUCCACAAAUACAUUGCCUGCUUCACCUACGGCCUUCGCGAAUCGUACCUCAACCACGAGCCCAAUUACAAGUUUGGCCCCGAAUGGUGAAGAGUGGGCAGCUGUGGAAGCCCGGCUUCAUACAUGGAUGCGUGAGAACAUUGUUCCUCCUCGUCCUCAACUUCUUGCUGCAGAACCUGGAGUACCUCAUCCCCAACCAGCUCAGGGGCAGGCGCAAAGACCUGCCAACAACAACAACCAGGAUGCGGCUACACAAGCCACUAACGUUCCUGCGGGCAAUGAUCGUGGAGUUCAAGGUGGUCCUCAGCGGCAAUACCCAGUUCAGCCUCCGGAUCGUCCACGUCAUGAUGGAAGGCGAGAUCUGACCCAAGCUGAGCUGAAUCAGAACGUGUGGAUCACCGGCUCGGGCUACGCCUUUCACUUGCAUACUUGCCGAUGCUUCCGUGGGUCGGCAAGGUCCAGCAGGCAGAUGACAAUGCGUGAAGCCAUCAAUCGUCGCAAGAAGCCAUGCCAGCAAUGCAUGGGUGGAAUCCACAUUGCUAUGUUUGGCAAUGGGCUUUGA